AUGUUAGCUAAGGGCGAGAGGGGAAAAGCCACGGACUUUAGUAUCGCGGCCAUAAUGGCGCCCAGGGGUCCGUCCUUUGGACAUUACCACCUGCAGGGACUUCAGGCUCUUGGUGAUACUAGUAACACCAAUGUUGAGUGUACCAACAAGUUUGACGCUUCACCUACUCUUGAUCACCGAGUGUUAAGAUCCUCGCCGGUUAAUAUCGUCGCGACAGCGACACUGGUAACUGGAGAUGCACUUCUAGACGACGAGGACGAGGACGAGGUCGACGAAGGUGUCGGGGAGGCGGAGAGUGUCGGGACUGAAAAAUCAAUUAAUUGUGAAGACGAUGAGGAAAUAGAUGUUGAUGUCGAGGAAUGCAGCAGUAUUGAUGACAGCCCUCUGGGCGGUGAUGAUUUGAGUGAACGGAAAUAUAUGAAGAAUAUUAAUAAUAAUAAUAAUAAUAAUAAUAAUAGUAAUAAGAAUAAAAAUGUUGAUAGUAAUGAUAACAAUAACAGUAGCAGCAAUAAUAGAAAUCGAAAGAACAAUAAAAAUCCCCACCAACGGCGGACUAGUUGCAAUUCAGAAGAAUUGAAAAAUGUCGAGUGUCAUCUUGAGACCAAAGAACUCUGGGAUAAGUUCAACGAACUUGGCACUGAGAUGAUCAUUACGAAAACCGGCAGACGCAUGUUCCCGACAUGCAGAGUCUCGUUCAGCGACUUGAAGCCAGAAGCGCGUUACGCCGUACUUAUGGACAUUGUCCCAGUUGAUGACAAACGCUAUCGGUACGCUUAUCACAGGAGUUCCUGGUUAGUUGCUGGAAAAGCUGAUCCUCCUGCACCCGCGAGACUAUAUGUUCAUCCUGACUCGCCGUUCACUGGGGAACAGCUUAGGAAACAGGUUGUGUCCUUUGAGAAAGUCAAACUCACCAACAACGACAUGGACAAACACGGCCAGGUAAUUUAUUAG